CCCAUAGUGUUAUUGCGUUAAUCUAAUCAGUAUUAUCAUCCAUAGCCUAUGUUACCCAAAACUGCAGUGAGCCCAGACCGCAUGGGGAUGCCCGUUACUGAGGAUUUUUCACUGACUCAAAUGGGGGAUUACCUCAUUUCCAUAACAUCAGGAGAGGACGAGGGCGUGAUAGACGCUUGUAAUAAGUAACGCUGUACCUCACGGUCUGCGCUCCUCACUGGGCGACGGGAGAGUGGGUGUGUUUAACGGGGGACUUCAUUCAUAAAAACAAGAAGAUUUAAAAGCCCAAAUUAAAGAGAAGAUCGGGGAAUCGUUUGCGAGCGCUUUGUCUGAUGGAGCACGUGAAUUAUAGUUAGGGGGGACACUCUCUCUGGCUUGGACCAUGAGCAAUGAGUCUGCCAUAUGGACAAACCAGAACAGAACUUACCCCACUGAUGUCCCGUUGUCAUCAGGGACACAGAAUGGCUAUGUCCUCCUGCUGGUCCUCUUGUCCAUCUUUGUGGGGGGGAUGGUGGUCCUGCUCUCGGUCCUUCUGAUUGUCUGUCGCCGUUGUUAUGAAGGGGACAGACGCCAUGCAUGGUUCAUUGUUUGCCUCAGGGCUAGCGAUGACACCGAGAAAAGUAAUACCACCUAUGUUGAGGAGGCCCAGCCAGUGCACGAGAUUACGAUCCGCAUCGAUGAGUCAGAUUGCCUGUCGGCAGCCAGCUCCCACGACAUUGAGACAGAGCGUUUCCUCUCCACGGGCACAACGGGCCGCCGGGUCUCCUUCAACGAAGCAGCGCUCUUCGAUCACAGCAAGAAAGCACAGGAGAAGGGUCGAAGGUACACGCUCACGGAGGGCGAUUUCCAUCACUUGAAGAACGCGCGGCUCACCCACCUCCACCUCCCUCCACCCGCCCUCCAGAUACUCACCAUCCACGAGUGUGAGUCAUCAGAGAACAGUAUUGCCAUGACAGCGCGCCCCGUCGCUAAAUCCAGCCUCUCAGUUUUUCAGCCACCAAUAUUUUCACUGCCCCAGACUGCCCUGACCAGCCGGACUCUGAGUCCCAGCUCUGCCCUUCCUGGCGACGCUCUCAAUUCCACUGUGGACACCACGUUCUGUGAGAGCAUCACAGCGGCCGGUCCUGAGCCGUCCAGCCCGUGUCUAAUGGAGGUCAGAGGAGGAGUCGGGAGGAGCACAGGCAUCAUAGGUAAUGGUAGAGAGUGUGCGUCGGCCUCAUCCAUGGCCCUGUCCUCUUCUGGCGGGGUCCCACAGGGCUCCAUGCUCCAGUUCUUCACCAAGCUCCGCCGACACGCCAGCCUGGAGGGAGCGAGUCCCUACUUCAAGAUCAAGAAGUGGAAGUUCGACAGCAGCCAGAGAGCUUCAAGUCUAGACAUGAGAGGUUCCCCCAAGCGGAGGCAGUUCCAGCGGCAGCGUGCAGCCAGCGAGAGCAUGGACCAGGAGGAUCAUGACAGCCAUCACAUUGACCUUAUCCAGUACAUCGCUCGCACCAAGGAUGUCACCUACUGCCCCACCCGGCCUAGUCCACGACUUCUCUCCCCACCUUCCACACCCCCACCCUCCCUCGGCAGGUUAAAGGUGGAGGUGAUGGUGGAGCCCAACUGCAGCAGAGCGAUGGGUCCCGGAGUGAUCGGCCUCACCUCUGAGCCCCCGGAAGAGAGUCUUGAAAUGGGCUACCAUCAGGAGAGCUUAGAACCUCAGACCUUGUACCGUGAUAUCUGGACUCUUCGAGCCUCCCUUGAGCGGUAUGUCUCGUCUGACCAGAGCAGCAGCAAUGACAAAGACUCUGUCCGUAGUGACGCAGACAGCGUGUGCUCUUUAGGGGUUAAGACUGAGAUGGGAGGGCUGCCUAGGUACCCCUCGCAGGAUAUUGGGGAUGAGAUGGAGGGGGAUGCGGACUUGCCUCUAGAUGAGGGAUCAGAGAAAGGUCGCAAACAGGAUAGUGUCGAUUCAGAAAGGGGAAGUGACGGAGAGCCAGGAAACCGUAAGUUGCUCCAAAUGGACAGCGGUUACGCCUCGAUAGAAGCACCUUCGCGUGCUCCCGAGGAGUUGCGACUGUUUGGUAGCAGCAGUAGCAGUAAGGAUGACUCCGCCGUGGAGCGCAGGCACUUCUUCAGUUCUGGUCGCAAAGGGACCGUUUGCGAGAGCUUCGACACAGACAUCUUGGAUGAAGAACUCGAAGAGGAACCAGCGGGGGCCAGCGGCGGGGUGGAUGGAGUGGAAAAGGACGAGAGCACCAUGCUGUGGUCCCCCUAUGGCCAAAUGUUCACUCAAAGCGACGUUCAACCUCAACCCCCCCUCUUUUCCCGGCGUGACUACAGCAUCGAUGAGAAAACCGACGCACUUUUCCACGAGUUCUUGCGGCAUGACCCACAGUUCGAUCAGCAGGAAUCUCCACUGCGCUCCAAGCAUCGCUCCCGCGUGCACCUGCGUAAGCAGUGGCAGCGCUCCAAACAGUACAGCGACCCAGGCCAGCGCUUCCAAUCCUCUUUUGACCGGUACCCCGCUCCGCUCCGACGUGGCGAAACUGUCAACUACCCUCUAGAGACUAGCUACCACAGCACACUCCCACGAAUCAUUAGUGCACCUGAUGAAGAGAACAGCGAAGGUGCAACCAGUACACCCGAAACACCCAAGGCAGAUCCAGAUACCGCUACUGAUGUGGAUCCUGACAAGAAAAGAACAUCUUCCAGCACCGGAAGCAGUGGAACCAUCAAUGAAAAGGAAACCCUUGAGGAAUCGCAACCCCCUCCAAUGACUGACAUUUCUGGAGAGCAGCCGGUGGGCCAGGAGAACUCUAGGCAAACAUUGCCACCACCUGAGCCUCCUGAUGAACGUACACCCAAAUGUACAAGCUAUGGCCCACAGACAAUCACAGAAGAGCUGAGCGACAAGCUAGCGGCAAGCCUCGAAGAGCGGCUGUACUCAGAUCUCCGCAGGACCAGGGAACCGCCCGAGUGUAGUGCAGUGACUGUGACCUACACAUCCCCUGAUCACAGUCCAGUGUAGCAUGUGGCUCCCUUCAUCACCUCAUGCAAGAACACUUCACGGCGACGACAGGUCCAGAGUUUUGAUCGACAUUGGCUCCGAUCUGAAACAGGUUUGCUUUGGUCAUUUAAAUGGUGAGGAAAUCAUUCUCAUUAUGUCCUAGACCAGUGGUGUAGAGACGCUUCUUCCAUGCUCAGUGUUAAAUAAAUGGCAAUUAAGGCUCAUACCUCAUGUUGCUCAAUGCACCAAGUCUUAAACAAAUGAAAUGUCAAAGUCUGUUAUUAAAGCUCUCCAUUUAGCUACUUGUUGACUUCAAAAGCCAAUAUUUCCUCUGCACUAGGUAAUCCACUGUGAAAUUGGGUGCUAUUAGAUUUAAGAACGAUUAUAUUUGUAAUUGCAUGAAUUAUAUUGCAAUGCUUCCUAUCCGGAUGUCUGUUCAUGACCCAAAUCAAUAUUAUUUUCUUUCACUUGUUUUUAAAUGUACAAGCUAGCCCUUCAUUCGAUUAUUAUGUUUUGUUUCUGAAGUUGUAAAAUACUCAAUACUACUUAUGAUUAGCUUCUGGGAAUUUGUUGUGUGGUUGAACCUGCUUUAAGAUUUUAGAAAGAAAAAAAAUGCUAUCAAUUAUAAAUCAUAAUGGAAUCAUCAUGGAAUAAACUGUAGAAAUGUCCUUGUAUGGGUAGACAUGCCUAAUUAUGCCACAUAACCCAUAUUUCAAAAACAACAGCAUAUCUGAAACACCAUGGCAUUGGGCCAGUUCCUAAGCAAACAUAAACAUAAGUCUUUUCCCUUUUAACUUCACAGUGUUUAUAAUUUGGGUUAAAUAAGAUGGUAAUAGUUGCACUAUAUCACUAGCCGUGUUAGCUUGUUCCCCACCAAUUUGUUUGCAAUCCAUUAUUAACUGUCCUUUUCAUUUAAUAGUGUUAUUUUACCAUUGAAGCACUGAAUGGCUAAAACUGCCUCUUUGUGAGAUACUGUAAUUUCAUGACCAUUGAAUUAUUAUUAUUAUUGUGCUUUUCAUCUUUUAAGUGUGUAAUCUGUUCUGUAUAAUUGAUCAUAUCUGUGAGAAUGAAAAAAAGACAGAACGUUUUUUGAGAAUACAGUGACAAACUGUUGUCAGGUAAUACCAAGAUAAAACAUUAAAACACAACAGUUUGGAAAACGGAGAAAGAAAAGACAAUCCUGGAAAAUAAUGACCACAGAUAUUCCUCUCUAAGGGUUUGAAUCAGGCCUGAGAAAUUUUUAUGAAUUUCAUUAUGAGAAGGGCAUGCCUUUUCCUGCAUGUAUUUCACGAAAUGAGCUCUGUGUGUUAGUUAACAGUACUUUUAUGUGAAAAUUACCAAGACAAGAAUCCCUAGAGGUGGAUGACUGCAUAAGCUGCCUUUGGACAGAAGCGUUAUUUAAAAUCAUUUAAAGCAAAUCCCACUGCCUAGCAAAAGCAACUGUUGAAUCUCGGUACAAAUGCCACCAUUCACGUUGAUCUGAAUUAUUCCAAUGAAAUGGAAUUCUAGUAUUCCCGCCUGUCAGCUACGUGUUGCAUUCUAUAUUGAUGAUUAUGGGUUUGAUCUUCUUGGAAGCAUGCAAACAAAAGGUUGUCCUUGGCGGAUUCUCAAUUGUGAUGUUUUGAAAAGUGUAUCUUUGAGAAAUCUGAGCGAAAAGGCCAUUGGUGAUAGAGGCUCUUGAUGUAAUGAAGAAAACCCUUGGCUAGCAUCCACAGUCCUUGUCUAUGAAGGCUCACAUUGUUUUGUGGCCUUUUAGGGUGAUUGUCUUGAGCUGUCGAGUAGUUCUAUAAAGGGUACAUGUAAUAUUUAGGGUGCAUCUGAAGUGCCCUGUCUAGAAUUAAAAGGCUUUCAUUA